UUUUCCAACCUAAAAAAAAUUAUUACUAUUUCCUCUUAAAGAAUCAUUAACCCUUGAGCUUCUUCUUCUUUACCCUCCGUACUAAAUGGAACCCAACAACGUCAACAACACCAACCUACUCACCUCACUCUUCGAGCACCAAGCCGUUAGCCCCGUCACCGUCAACGCUUCUCCAGUUAACGGUUCGUUAGUAACAACCACAACCACCGAUGGGUCCCACUCCAACCUUCAUUCCGUUACGGAGAACAAGAAGAAGCGAGGUAGGCCUAGGAAGUACGAGUCUCCACAAGAAGGCCUCGCCGCUAGGAAAGCUGCCGCUGCGGCGGCGGCGGCGGCCGCCGCUGCUUCCCCUGCUCCUGCGACGUCGUUUACCUCUUUGAAUCUCAACAAGCAGAAAAAGUUUCAUUCCUCUUCUCUAGGUAAUUUGAGAGAGAACUUCAAUCUUCACAUUGUUGCUGUUCCUGCUGGUGAGGAUAUUGGCCAAAAUAUUAUGUCGCUCAUGCAAAAACAUAAUAGGUGUGAGAUGUGCAUUUUGUCUGCAUCUGGUUCCGUCUCUAGUGCUACUCUUCGUCAGCCGGCAACCGCUGGAGGCAAUAUUACGUAUGAGGGUCGCUUUGACAUUAUUUCCCUGACUGGAUCAUAUGUCCGUAAUGAACACGAAGGCCGUUCUGGCGGUCUCAGUGUAUGCUUAGCUCAUUCUGAUGGGCAACUUGUAGGUGGAAGCAUUGCCGGACCCCUCAAAGCCGCCAGUCAAGUUCAGGUCAUCGCCGGCACAUUUUCUAUUGAACCCAAGGACACUGGUGCUGGUAUAAAAGGCAAUACUUCUACCAGCAAGUUACCAUCACCGGUAGGUGAGCCUGCAUCAAAUUUAAGUUUCCGCCCAGCACUUAACUCUUCAAAUGGGAAUACAAUCCCGGGAAACAAAGAGCAUCAAGCUAUUGGGGGAAGUCAUUUCAUGUCUCCACAAUAUGGAGUAAACGUGGUUCCUUUCCAUCCCUCGGAUUGGGGAAGUCGUCCAGAUUCUAGGAAUGCUGGUUUUGAACUGAUAGGAAGAACAGGUCAUGAAGCUCACCAGUCUCCUGAGAAUGGGGCCUAUUCCUGAUUAAGAUAGCUUUUGGGCUGUGAGAAGAUUAAUCCUUGGUAGAUAGGUUUAUGAUAUCUCUUUGUAAUACUAGUAGUUUUUGUCUCAAUAUGCCCCUAAUGGUAGAAAUACUUGAUCAUCCUAAAAAUCAGCUUAAGAGUCCUCUGUCCUAUUACUCUUUUUGAGGCAAUAUGUCCUAUUACUUUUUUGGGCCAACCAUGUGUGAAAUUGGGAAUGCUUUUCUUUUGACUAAAAGUUGGUAGAAGCAUCUUUUGUUAUGUAGUUGUUCCCCUCCAAGUUGCAAAAUUGAGAAAAUAUCCGUUUACUGAGAAUGAAAGCAUCCGUGACUAUUUUGUUUCUU